CAAAACCAUUUGCCGCCAUUGAUGCAUUGAGAUCAAAGCUCAAAGCUCAAAGCUUUCUCUUGAACAUGUAACAAUAUUAUAGUAGCUAAAGAUCAAAGCUUGUAACAAUAAAUCCUAAAAUACCCAUCAUGUCCCUAUCACUUUCUUCUUACCCCACGCGCUUCGCCAUCCUCACGCUCCUCUCCGCCACCACAGUCUUCUUCUUCUACAAAUCACGCCGGCAUCUAUCCAAACGCCUCAAAUCCUUAAACCCCAUUUCCCAAAACCCUAUCCCUAAAACCCCAAGAGGCAAAAUCUUCUUUAUAUCCCAAACUGGCACUUCUAAAACUCUAGCAAAGAGUCUUCAUAGUUUGUUAAACCUUAACGGGUUUGAAUUCGAUCUUGUUGACCCAAAAGAGUAUGAGCCUGAGGAUUUGCAUAAAGAAAGCUUUGUAGUUAUUGUAUCUUCUACGUGGGAAGACGGGAAACCACCUUCAAAUGCUGGAUUUUUUGUUGAUUGGUUAACUGAGAGUGCUGAUGAUUUCAGGGUUGGAUCUUUGUUGCUUAGCAAGUGUAAAUUUGCAAUCUUUGGAGUUGGGAGUGGGUCUUAUGGUGAAACAUUUAAUGCUGUGGGUCGUGAUUUUUCGAAGAAGUUGAAGAAACUUGGUGGGGUUGAGGUUUUAGAGGUGUGUGAAGGUGAUGUAGAUGAGGGUAAUUUGGAUGAGGUUUUUGGUAAGUGGAGUAAGAAGAUUGUUGGGGUUUUGAGUAAUUUGGGCGAGAAUGGAGGGGAUAUGGGGAAUGGAGUUGGUGAUGGUAGUGAAGAUGAAGCUGUGAAUGAGGGAGAUGAUGAUGAGGAAUAUGAUGAUGAGUUUGAAGAAAAUGACGAGGAGUCAGGAAUUGUUGAUCUUGAGGAUAUUGCGGGUAAAGGACCUUCAAGAAAGAAAGGAGUUAAUGAUAAGUUAGUUAAUGGGAAGUCGAAUGGUGGAGCUGUGAAUGGAGAGAAGGCAAUGGUAACUCCAGUUAUUAGGGCGAGUUUGGAGAAACAGGGAUAUAAAAUAAUUGGUUCGCAUAGCGGUGUGAAACUUUGUAGAUGGACAAAAUCACAACUUAGAGGGCGCGGAGGUUGCUAUAAGCACUCAUUUUACGGCAUUGAGAGUCACAGGUGCAUGGAGGCCACUCCUAGUUUAGCAUGUGCAAACAAAUGUGUUUUUUGUUGGAGACAUCACACAAAUCCUGUUGGGAAGAGCUGGACGUGGAAGAUGGAUGAUCCUAUUGAGAUUGUGAACACAGCUAUAGAUUUGCAUACCAAAAUGAUAAAACAGAUGAAAGGCGUUCCAGGUGUUAAAGCUGAGCGUUUGUCUGAGGGUCUUUCUCCUAGGCAUUGUGCCUUGUCACUGGUUGGUGAGCCUAUUAUGUAUCCAGAAAUAAAUUCACUUGUAGAUGAGCUGCACAAGAGGCGGAUUUCGACUUUUCUUGUAACUAAUGCACAGUUUCCUGACAAGAUUAAGUUAUUGAAACCAAUCACACAGUUGUAUGUCAGCGUAGAUGCUGGUACAAAGGACAGCUUAAAAGCAAUUGACAGACCACUAUUUGGGGACUUCUGGGAGCGAUUUCUUGAUUCCUUGAGAGCUCUCAAGGAGAAGGAGCAAAGAACUGUCUAUCGUUUGACACUCGUUAAAGGGUGGAACACAGAAGAUGUGGAUGCAUAUUCUAGCCUAUUCAGCAUUGGAAAACCCGAUUUCAUUGAAAUCAAAGGUGUCACUUAUUGUGGAACGUCGGCUACAUCAAAGUUGACAAUGGAGAAUGUCCCUUGGCAUUCUGAUGUGAAGGAAUUCUCUGAAGCCUUGGCUAAAAAGAGCAACGGAGAGUAUGAGGUUGCUUGUGAGCACGUGCAUUCUUGCUGUGUUCUUCUGGCUAAAGUCGAUAAGUUCAAGAUAGACGGUCAAUGGUUCACGUGGAUAGACUACGAGAAGUUCCAUGAUCUGGUAGCUUCUGGAAGACCCUUUACAAGUAAAGAUUACAUGACACCUACACCAUCUUGGGCUGUCUAUGGAGCUGAGGAAGGUGGGUUUGAUCCAGAGCAAUUGCGUUUCAAAAAAGAGCGGCACCACAGAUCACCUCGUCAGGAAAAUGGUUCUUGAAUGUUCGAAGCAGUUUUCGUUACCUCUGGGAUGGCC